ACCAGAUUCACUGACGUCAUUUUCCUUGUUCGCCUGCAAGUUUUGUGGGUCUUCAGGAUGAAUGGAUCCCCUUUGCGUAGCGCCCUUGACAGUCUCCGCUCUCUGCCUUGUGGCACUGCUCUUGGAUUUGCUGCGAAACCACAAUUGGUGAACACGAAUGUUGAUCAGUGCAAGCCAGUUGCUCGGCAGGGGAGGUUGCGGAAAAAUAUACAUAGAAACGUCAGAUCAGAUUAUUUGCGGGAAAGCGAGCUAUCGCCAUGUCAGUGAACUGCGAUCUGCAGAGGGAGCGGGCGGCGGCCAGCUUGGACAGCGAGGACUUUGCCCUCUGGUGGGCCGGCGGAGCCUCGGAGCUCGCCGAGCGCCGCGCCCUGGAGCACCGUUUCUACGAGGACCCCGAGCUGGAGGAGUCAGUGCAUCCCAGCUGCCUGUCCUACAAGGAGCGCUACGAACAGACGGUGGCCCGGUCCACGCGCUUCCUGGCCAAGCUGCGUCAGUGGCAGCGGGAGAAGCAGCCGCAGCUGAAUCUUAGCGUCAAUCUCCUUCGCGACUUUAGGCUGCUCCUCUCCGGGCCCCUGGGCACCGGACUUUUUCAGCAGAGCUUUCCCCUCCGGCUGCACUUCUCCAUGUUCAUGACCACGCUGCUGAGCCAGGGCACCGAGGAACAGCAGGCCCAGUGGCUGAAUCGGGCCUGGCACAUGGACGGCGUGAUCGGAACCUAUGCACAGACGGAGCUGGGCCACGGUACCUUUGUCCGUGGCCUGGAGACCCGGGCAGAUUACGAUCCGGAACGGCAGGAGUUCGUUCUAAAUACACCGACGCAGAGCUCGUACAAGUGGUGGCCCGGCGGGUUGGGUAACACGGCCAAUCUCAUCAUCGUGUUGGCCCAACUCUAUGUGAAGGGCAAGCACCAUGGAUUGCAGUCGUUUUUGGUGCGAAUCCGGGACGAAAGGACCCACGAACCACUUCCCGGUGUCGAUGUGGGGGACAUAGGACCUCGGAUGGGCGGCAAUGGGGUCAACAAUGGGUUUCUGGGGCUCCGUGACGUUAGGAUUCCGCGCAAUCAAAUGCUGAUGAAGAACGCCCAAGUGCUGGAGGAUGGAACCUUUGUCCAAGGACGCCCGCCACUGCUUCUUUACGGGACCAUGGUCUACGUGCGGGUCAUUACCCUGAGGGAUGUCCUCUUUGGCCUGCUGCAGGCGGCCACCAUCGCUACAAGAUAUUCCGUUGUGCGUCGCCAGAGUCCCAUUGAGGAGAAUCAACCGGAGGUUUCCGUGCUGGACCACAUCACGCAGCAGGCCAAGAUCCUGCCGCAGAUAGCGCGCGGUGUGUCCUACCGCUUGGUGGCCGACUGGCUAUGGCGCUUUUACGAGCGCGUGCUGCAGCAAUUGGAGGCGAAUAACCCUCGCAACUCGCUGCCGGAACUGCACGCUCUGAGCUGCUGCCUCAAGGCGGUGGCCACCGACGAAGCCACCGAGGGCGUGGAUCGACUACGGAAGAGCUGCGGCGGUCACGGCUAUCUCUCCUCGGCCAACUUUGACAGCAUUCACGGCCUGACGGCGGCCGCCUACACGUACGAGGGCGAGUACACAGUCCUUCUGCUCCAGACGGCUCGCUUCCUGAUCCGCCAGUAUGUGGACAGUCUAAAGCGAAAGGUCCUGCCGCCCAGCGUCUCAUAUUUGAGGGACACGGCCCGGCUCGUCUGGAGCAAGAGUCUCAGCGCCAACUGUGUCCGUGCCUUGGAGAUCGCCGCCCUGGAGCAGGUGCGGCAGGCGUGGCAGACCCAGAGCACCCACCAGCGGAGCAAGGUUAGUGCCCAAAUGGCUAGUAACCUGGCUGGCAGGCAGCUAACCGCGGCCGCCGUUGCCCACGCCCACGCCUUCUUCACACGCAACGCUCUCGAGGAGCUGGAACGCCUGCGGAAGACAGGGCUUUCGAAAGGUGUUUCCUCUGUGCUGGGAGAACUGGUAGAGCUGUUCGUGCUGGACACAUUCCUGCGGCAGUCGGGCUCUGUUUUGCGCUGGAACAGCAUCACAGGCACCCAGCUGCGAUUCGUGGAGAGUCGCUACGAGGAGCUGCUGUCCCAGCUGCGCCCGAAUGCGGUCGCUCUGGUCGAUGGCUUCGAUUUCCACGAUCGCGUCCUGGGCUCCACGCUGGGCUGCCACGAUGGCCGUGUGUACGAGCGCCUCAUGGCGGAGGCGCGAAGGAAUCCGCUGAACCAGGAGCCGGUCAAUGCCUCCUUCCACAGCCACCUGUUGCCCAUGAUGCGGGGCAAGCUGUGAAUCUUUAUGUUUUGUUUGUAACCCUGUACCCUAUCUUUUGACCAUAUAUGCAUGUAUCUUGAAAAAAUAAAUAGUAUU